UGAGAAAGUCCGUUGAAAUGCCAUCACACAAGAUUGAAACAUGUGGCCUGUCAUAUAAAUACCGUGUAAACUGAAAUUGUGACAAUUAUUUUUCAAACCCACUCUUGCUAGGACUUAUUAUACUGAAAACUGGAAAUUGAACACAAAAUGUCUGUAACUUCACCGGAUAUUCCAAAUGAAAAAGAAAAGAAAAUAUCAAUAAGAAAGACUAACAAGCCGAUAAUGGAAAAGAGAAGGCGUGCUAGAAUCAACAGUUGUUUACAGCAACUGAAAACUUUGGUCUUGGAAGCUAUGAGGAAAGAUAGCUCACAGUAUUCAAAACUUGAAAAGGCUGAUAUUUUAGAAAUGACCGUGAAACAUUUACGAUCACUACAAAGACAACAGAUGUCCAGUGCUCUUGCAAGCGACCCAACUGUGAUUACCAAAUAUCGAUCAGGAUUUAAUGAGUGUACAAAUGAAGUUAUGAGAUACUUGGGGAGCGUGCAAAAUGUCAACGACGACGUCCGAAGCCGAUUAGUGAAUCAUUUGUCAUCAUGUUCACAAACUGUCAACGCUACAACACAGACUGCCCAGACGCAGCCUCAACCUAUUAACAUUCCACAACAGCAGCACGUGCAUCUAUCUCAACAGCAGACGACAGUCCGAGUAAAUGGUCUGAAUUCACAAUCAAUGAACCAAUCGCAAGUGAUCAGUCAAUCAAUCAAUCAGUCACAAACAAUCAAUCAACCUCAGCGAUUUAUUCAGUUGUCACCUACUCGGGACACUAAAACUCAAAUUUCCGGUGCUUUUCAAAUAAUUCCAGGAAAUGGAUUAAACGGUCCAGUUGCAUUAUAUGUUGGACAAUUAAAUGACAAUGAAUGUACAACGCAGACUACAGUUCCUGUCUUCUCCUUACAAGUGCCACAGGAAACCGUCAAAGUAGUUUCAUCACCGACAACUCUUCGCAAUAAAGAGAACUUUAGUUAUCAAGACUCGAACAAAAAUAGCCAGUAUGUUCAUUCAAGUACACCUAAGGCAUUGGACUUUAAUCACAAUCACCCAAUUCAUUGUGGAAAUGUUAACAUGAAUAUGUAUUCUGAAAAAUUGUGGCGACCAUGGUAGACGUUUGUCUGACCAAAACAUUGUUGAGUUUUGUAUUGUUACAUGUUUGUCUUCCAAUUUUAUACGUGAUAAUUUUAUAUUAUAUAUCUGAUGCUGGAACAAAGUGCUAAUUUUGUUAUACAUUUUAUACAUUGUUAUAUUUGACGCAUUUUAAUAAUGACGAGUAAUCGCUAUUAAAAUUUUAAAAGAUUC